UUUCCGGUUAGAGGGUAGCUGCAUGCGAUUUGACAAUCUGUAAUUUUUUUUAAAUCGAUACAGUACUUUAUCACUCCUCAGAUUAUAUAAAUGGAUGAGAUUUGUUCCCCGGCUCAGGUGUCGUUAUCAGCGGUGCCGGGAACGACAAGUCUGAUAACUCCUGCGUCUCCCAAUUCCAGUAUCAAACCACCCGCAAACUUGGUGUCCCAGGGUCGGGGGAAGAAGCGACCGGCGAGUCCUGCAAACAACGGCGUUGGAGCUGCUGCAGCGUUCAUCAAUAACAAGAAGAAAAAACUCACAUUUACCACUAGCACGGAGUCGCAGCAGCAGCCAUUGACCGUGGAUCCAUCUGGAGAAGUUAAAACCAUGGCUGCAGAUCCCAGCACAGCACCAGUUGAACCAACAGCCAAACCACUACCUUUCAAGGACCCAGACUUUGUACACUCUGGGAUUGGUGGUGCAGCCGCAGGCAAAAAGAACAGGACCUGGAAGAACCUGAAACAAAUUAUCACUGCCGAGAGGGCAUUGCCAUGGCAACUAAACGAUCCAAAUUACUAUAAUAUUGAUGCCCCGCCCUCCUUCAAACCAACUAAGAAGUACUCUGAUAUUUCAGGACUUCCUGCCAGUUACACGGACCCCCAGAGCAAGCUGAGAUUCAGCACCACGGAAGAGUUCUCCUACAUCAGGAUGCUCCCUGCUGAUGUUGUGACUGGAUAUCUCACUUUACGAAAGGCAACAUGCAUUGUCCCGUGAUCGGGGCAGGACCAUUCAUUUACAGUAUUUGAACAUAAAAAAGUGUAUGAACAAUAGAAGGCCAUUUAGUCCUUCAGUAUAAUUCUUAGAUGACUGACCUCAAAACUUUGUCAUGGUCUUGAAGGAUUCUAGUUAUUCAGAAUCAUCUCCUAGCAAGGUCACGCAUUCUAUUCCCUCACCGCUCUCCUGUGUGAAGAAAUGUUUCCUACCCUCCUUGUGUCCUCUUGUUCUGUUCUGUGCUGUGGUUAAAGUAUUGGUUAGGGUUAACUUUGUAAACUCCUUUCAACCCCCACCUUAAUUCUUAGUUCUGCUCUCAAUAGGUUCAGUUUCUUCAACAUAUCUUUGUAAGUCUUUCCUUUUAAGCUUUGGGUUAGUCUGGUCGCUCUACUUUGGACUCUGUCCAGGGCCACAAUAUCAUUUUGGUAAUGUGGUGACCUCAAUUGAACACAAACAGUGAGCCAGCAGAGUUCAGCUGCAGGAAAGCUACAUUUUCCUGCUGUGGGCUAUUAAGUAAUUUGCUACCCAGCUUUAAUUGUAGUAAUUCUAUUUUGAUGGCAGAAGAGCUCAUCUUUUCAGAUGUGUUUGACUGAUAAGGUAAGCUUUCCUAUUUUAUAUAGCUGCCUUUUUGCUUUUAACUAUGAUUUGCAGUUCAAUGGGUAUUACAUUUUACAUUUGGAACAGUGUGGCUAAUUUAUUUUUCCAAUGAUUGGCAAAACCUUACCCCCAAUAUUCAUUCAGACAAGAUCUGACAUUUGUAGGUAAAGAUUUGACAUCACAAAUUGUACUGCAAAAAAUGAAUUAUGAGGGCUAUAAAACAUUCAGCAAGCAAGUUUGCGCCUCAUCAUUUCUUUCAGUGAAUAGUUUGCACACAUUUUUUGGCAUUUAUUGUUUUUUUUUUUU